CUGGGACACAGGUUUCGGAGAUCCGCGCAGGCAGCUGUACCGGCAAUCAACAACUGUGUGCCAGGCAGAUCGAUACCCGUCUUGAACUGAUACGCGCUGAUACAGAUGAGCGUGAAGGAGAUUGGAAUACAUAAACACAUCAUGCCACGACCGAGCUCUGCUGAACACCUUCGACUUCGAAGCCCAUUCUUCCCCCUUGCAAAAUGAAGAAGGCAAUCAAGCUACCCUUUCUCCCAGAGUUGCGACUUAACUCACCCUAUUGGCAAAAUGUCAUCAUCGGAAUUCUUGUCGGGUUGUCAGCGGGUCUCUAUGUGGCGCUGAACCUCCUGGGUGCCGGCGGAGGGAAACCCAACUCGGCCCAGACAGUCCAGAUUGUCAAUGCCACGCUAUGCAGCGUAUGGUUCUUCUCGGCUUCUUUUGGAGGCUCGGUACUCAACACCGUCGGCCCCGCAAUCACCGGUUGCUUAGGCGUGAUCGGGUACAUGAUCUAUGUCGGCAGUCUCUGGUAUUUUGACCACACCGGAAAGCAGGGCUUCCCCAUCUUCGCCGGUGUGGCAAUUGGAGUAUCUGCCGGGCUCAUAUACGUUACAAUGGGGUAUAUCGCAAUGUCGUACUCCGAGGAGAAAGAUCGCGGUUCAUAUAUUACCAUGUCAAUAAAUCUCCAGGCUAUGGGCUCGGUCGUUGGUGGCAUCAUUCCUUUAAUCAUAAAUCGCCACUCGACUGAAGCUGCCGGUGUCCCAACUGCGGUAUAUGUUGUCUUUAUCGUCUUGAUGGGAGUUGGCGCUUGCAUGGCUUUCCUUCUGCAGCCACCCCAGAAAAUAGUGAGAGACGAUGGAACUCAGGUAGCAACGGUAGCGCCUCGAGGCUUCAUUGAAGAGUUGAAAGCAAACCUUGAGAUAUUCAAAGACUGGAAACUCCUGAUAAUGAUUCCAGCCUUCCUGCCGGCCGAAUGUUUUCUUGUCUAUGGGGGCUCGGUAAAUGCUUUCCACAAUGAUCUCCGGACAAGGAGUCUUCUGUCAUUUAUUGCAGUGUGCCUACAGAUCCCGUGCGGAUAUGGGUUGCAGAAGAUCUUGGAUCACAAAACUUGGGCUCGUAGGACCAGAGCUUUCAUUGGAUUGGCAGUAGUUGGCAUUCCCCUGAUGGGAGCAUGGAUUUGGGAGAUUGUUCGGACACGAAAUUACAACCGACACGAUCCCCCCAAGAAUCCAACGGACUGGACAGACGGCAACUUUGUUGCGAUCUUUUUCCUGUUCAUGUUGAACUGGGUAGCGAGCUCCCUUUGGCAAUACAUUGUUAUGUAUUUCCUUGGGUGCUUCACGAACUCUCCACGAAAAGCAGCCAAUUAUGCUGGUGUAUUCCGUGGGUUUCUUGGUGCCGGUGAAGCUAUUUGCUUCGGGGUCGACUCAAUUAAUGUUCCUUACAUCAAGGAAGCAGCUGUCAUCUUCACCUUUUAUGCAACUGGUGUCCUCAUCUUCAUAUAUCUGGCUGCGUUCCACAUCAAGGAAACAAAAUAUUUCGUUGAGGACGACGUUGUCGUUCCAAAGCAUAUCUUGGAGGGACAUGCCCACGAUGGUGAGGCCGUUGAAGUUGGUGGAGAGAGCCAGGGCACCUCUAUUGAGGGUGAGAAAAAGAUGCCUCUGCCAGAAAAUGCCGCCGAGAAGUCGGUCUAA